UUUGUUUCAGCACUUGAGCAGCUGACCAAUGACAGGUUAGGCCGACCGCGGUGUUGGUGUUCUUUGUUUUUCUGUGCCCCAUAAGCAUUCAGCGGUCGCGUAUCGUAAAUUCGAUUAUUUCCACUGAUUCACGUCCAGCUAGGCAGCAGAGGAGGACCGCGGCUCUUUAGUUGGGCCAUCGUUUGCUUUUUUUACCACUCGGCCAUCGACUCAACUCUCGCAGGAACGACCAUGGCUGCAAGUCCGGUAGUCAUCGCUGCCUCAGCUAAACACACCGCCACGGUCAUUUUUCUUCACGGACUCGGCGACACUGGACAUGGUUGGGCGAGUGGAAUGGCUGCUAUCCGACCUCCUCACGUCAAAGUUAUUUGUCCUACGGCUCCUACCAUGCCUGUGACUCUGAACGCUGGAUUCAGGAUGCCAUCUUGGUUUGACCUCCGUUCCCUGGACGCGGACGGUCCUGAGGAUGAGGAAGGCAUCAAGAAUGCUUGCAACUUAGUUCAUAAAAUGAUCGAUGAAGAAGUUAAAGAGGGUAUCGCCUCGGAACGCAUUGUCAUCGGCGGAUUCUCCCAGGGUGGCGCUCUGGCCCUCUACUCUGCUCUCCGCAGCAACAAGACCUUGGGCGGCGUGAUGGCAUUGUCUUGCUGGCUACCGAUGCAUCGUCAGUUUCCUGGGGCUGCCGUUGGCAACAAGGACAUUCCGUUUGUCCAAUGUCACGGAGACUGUGAUCCGGUUGUGCCGUAUAAAUGGGGCCAGGCCACCGCGACGCUGAUGAAGCAGUUUCUCUCCAAGGCCGAAUUCAGAACCUACAGAGGAAUGGCCCACGGAUCCUCUGACGAGGAAAUGAGAGACUUGAAGAAAUUCCUUGAGGCAAACCUGCCUCCUCAGUAGGCAGAAGUUGUUAUCCCCCCAAGGCAGGUCCGGCAGUCAUUAAUUUGUCCUCGUCAGCUGGAGAUCUGGCCAAAGAAUGCCAAUCACUUUUCAAGCAUCAUUUUAUGCUAGCGACACCUGAAACGCCCUCCGUUGGCGCAAUUUGGUUUUUAUUUAAUAAUAAUUGCAAAGUUUCCUCCUUAAACUGUCUGUUUACAUAGCUUUUAUUUACAACUUGGAAGAUUUCCUUAAUCCUGGCUGGAUUUAUUAGUUCUUGUAACUACUACUAAAUUGCUUUUUAACAGUGGAAGUGGGUCAUAAAUUGCUGAUUGUGAGUUUUUGAGUGAUCGUUGCAGUCCCUUUUGUUCAUGGAAGUCAUUCUUCCAAGUAUUAGAUCUGCUCUGAAAAAUUAUUGUACCUCUUGAGGUCCCAAUUUCACAACUCAGUAUUAUUUUAAUUGUUCUGACUUUCUCAUUUUAAGUACCUUGCAGACAAGUUGAACCAAAAUUAUACUCUGGAAUAUUGUGCCCACAUAAUAAUCAAUCUAUUUGACUUGAACUUAGAAUGUGGUUUUGUCAUUGAUGCAAAGAUCCAAACCAGCAGAAGAUGGGGAACCUUGUUAUUAAUCUAGAAAGGAAAGGCCACUGUAAUCUGAAAAUGCAUUUCUUAACCUUGUUUAGUGGUAAAUUAACACAUGGGUAGGUUUGAGAGCUGUAAAAUAUCAAGCAGAGUCCGCUGUUUGUAUUGAACUGGAGAACUGCGACUCUAAUGUAUCAAAAUUUGAUGAGGCAAGCUGCAAUUGUAUGAACCAUAAAUAGAAAUGUAGCAGUUGUGUUCAAAGGGGCUGUAUGCAAUACAGCAAUCAAAGUCAUCAUAUUCUGUUAUUUUCUUAUUAUAUUUUGCCUUCUUUCAUUGUGUUAGUUCGUUUUGGAAAGGAAUUGAUUGCAAUUUUGUAUCAAAAUCUUCAAUUCUUUUGGCUUGCCUAAUUUUGAACAAAUAAAAAAUCAACCCCUAUAUUAA